AUGAAUCUUCCCGCGAUUCUCUUCCUAUCAGUUCUAUCCGUCUCAUGUUGGGCCGCAUUACCGACCUGUCCUACCUCUGGCUGUCCACCGGGAGGGAUUUGGAGUGAGUGGACGACCACAGAUAAUUGUCCGACUAGUUGUGGAGCCUGCUCGAAAGCGUUUUAUACAAGAAGAUGUUUGACUGAAGAAGCAGGUUGUCCAUGCACCGGCAACACGACUCGCUACUACCCGUGCAACACCUUGACAUGUCUCUACCCCGCUCAACGAACGUGCUGCAUCCCAUACGUACCCAUGACAAUCAACGGAUCCAUGCAAUGCGGACCACUUCCCAAAGAGCCUGCCGUGACGUCUUGCUGCCCACAGGGAGGCUUAUGGAGCGAAUGGGGAAUAUUUGUGAGGAAUGCAGAAGACACUGCGUUCGAAAAAAAUCGACGGUGUUUGACUGAAGCGGCUGGGUGUUCAUGUGUCGGGGAGUCCGUCAAUACUUCAGCGACAAAUACAUGCCCAUGUCAAAGUUUUGUGGGAACUUACAACAAGAACUUCUCAGAGAAGGCUGUACUUAUUGAACCAUUAGGACAAACUUUGGAUUCCAAGACGUGCAUUUAUCAAGCUCCAUUGAAUAAAGGCCAAGAAAAUUGUUCUCAAUGGGGAAAUUACGGAUCUACCAAUGUCAUUCGCUACUGGAAAAAAGAUGCAACAAUUAAUUUUACUGAAUAUCGGAUGGCUGACUGUACAUCAUCUGCCGUUGCGUACUUUAGAGCUUACUGCGAUUUCACGACCGGAUACUAUCGCUUCUAUAACACUGACCAUGAGAUCCUGGCCUGGAGGCAGGUUAGAAAACUAUGA